ACCAAUGGUUACCAUUCUUUGAGCAAUAGUCUACUAUUAUAUAUGUUGAAUAUACUGAUUUGACAGAACUGUAGAAUGCUGUAACAUUGUCACAUAAAAGUAGAUACAUAUGGCAGAGGCAGAACAAACAUCACAUUUAGCAAAACAUGGGCCGGCACAAGGAACGGGGAUAGCGCAAGGGGUGGAAAAGAAAGAUAUGAAUUCGGAAAUUUUCGAAAACGUUGAGAACGAAAUAGCUCAGCAACCUGUUUAUCAAGUUCGACCACAUAUGCAUGAAAAGUUUAAACCUCUAAGUGCAAAAGAGAUAAUACAUGAUGUGUUGUUUGACCAACUUGCCACAAAGUCAUAUGAUGCACAAGCAGCUGCUCAAUGGACCAAAGAUAUUGCAGAUAUUAUUGAAGGAAAAAUCAAAGAUCUACAAUUUAAAAGAUAUAAGUAUAUUGUCAAUGUAGUUUUGGGACAGCAGCAUGGUGCUGGUGUUAAAGUAGGUACAAGAUGUAUUUGGGAUGCAGAAGCUGACACGUAUGCUUAUGAUAGUUUUACUAAUGACACUAUAUUCUGUGUGGCUACAGUAUAUGCAAUUUAUUUUUAUUAAAAGCGGAAUAUUUUUCUGAAAACAGAAAUAAAUGUAAACGCAUGAAUGAAAAAAUAUUGUCUGGAAAUAUAAGCAUAUUUAUUAGUAUUUAAGUACAACUUGUUAUAUAUUAUUGUACAUUAAAACACACACAACGUAACAUGUCAUGACAUGGCACAAUUUUUACAUAUAAUUACAAAUAAUAUUUUUAUUCUAUAUGUAAUAUAUGCAUGAUUGCAGUGA